CGGCUGAAGGGGCCCAGGGGUUUCUCGUUCCAAGGCGGAGGAGGAGAAGCAGCAGCAGCAGCCAUGGCAGCUUCGGGGAAGAGCGGGAAGGGCAACCUCUCUGUGGUGGUGCACCGGGCCGGAGACCUGCGCCUGGAAGAUCGACCAGUCCCUGAACCGGGACCUAAUGAAGUGCUUCUAAAGAUGCAUUCUGUCGGGAUCUGCGGCUCUGAUGUGCACUAUUGGCAGCAUGGACGGAUUGGAGAUUUUGUUGUGAAGAGCCCAAUGGUGCUGGGCCACGAGGCCUCAGGAACAGUUGUCAAAGUGGGAUCUGCAGUAACACAUUUAAAAAAUGGUGACAGAGUGGCAAUUGAACCUGGGGUUCCCCGGGAAAAGGAUGAGUACUGCAAAACGGGGCGCUACAACCUCUCCCCAACCAUCUUCUUCUGUGCAACCCCUCCAGACGAUGGAAACCUGUGCCGCUAUUACAAGCAUGAUGCCAGCUUUUGCUACAAGCUUCCAGAUAAUGUUACGUUUGAAGAAGGAGCCCUCAUUGAGCCCCUUUCUGUUGGGAUCCAUGCUUGCAGAAGGGCUGGAGUGACUCUGGGAAGCAAAGUUUUCAUUUGUGGUGCUGGUCCUAUUGGGCUUGUGACUUUGCUGAUCGCUAAGGUAAUGGGAGCUUCACAAGUUAUUAUAAGUGAUCUAAGUGCCUCUCGUCUUGAAAAGGCUAAGGAAAUUGGGGCUGAUUUCACCAUCCAGGUAAAAGGCGAAAGCCCCGAGGAAUUGGCCCAGGCGGUGAAAAAUGCACUUGGUUGCAUGCCUGACAUCACGCUGGAGUGCACUGGAGCUCAGGCCUGUAUCCAAACUGGAAUAUAUGCGACCCGUUCUGGUGGGACUCUGGUUUUGGUGGGCCUUGGCCCUGAAAUGGUCACAGUGCCCAUUGUGAACGCUGCUGUCCGAGAAGUGGAUAUCCGGGGGAUAUUUCGAUAUUGCAAUACGUGGCCCAUGGCGAUUGCGAUGCUUGCAAGCAAAAAAGUGAAUGUCCAGCCAUUGGUCACCCAUCGCUUUCCUUUAGAAAAAGCUCUGGAUGCUUUCGAAGCCACCAAAAAAGGCAUUGGGAUAAAAAUCAUGCUGAAGUGUGAUCCCAGUGACCAGAAUCCAUAAAAUACAAAUGAGCAAACAAGAAUGCUCCAUCCUACUUCUUCUAGUGAAAAUGGGGUACUUAGAUUUUGUUAGGAACUAAGAAAAGUGCCUGGUUUGACCUCUGGUUAUGAUUCUAAAUGGGAAGGAGGGAUCUAGCUUAGUCUUCUAGCUGUGUAUGCAUUUGAAAAGGGAAGCACUGUUUAGAUAUGAAGUUCAGCCCUGUGAAAUCGGCCUCCCACAAUUCCUAACGGUGCUUUUGACCUAAGCCUGUGCCUUCUAUGACUAUUGUAGGAAAAGGCACUUCCUCAUAAUAUUAAACCCCUGAAGGGCAUGUCGACAUGUUUCGGCAAGCAGCUGGCUUAGAGACACGGCUGUAAUUUUAAAGUGCAGAAGGAUUUACUCCCAAAUCCCAGGUCUUCCACAAGGGCCUAGGGGCAGAAACCACUAACAACAUAUUUCACUCCAAGUCCCAUUAUACUGAUCCUGCCUUUCAAUCAUCUAGCUCUGUUGACAGAUCGUCUAAGCCAUCACCAGGAAACAGGUCCAGGCAGGGCUGGGCAGAAGGGUUUCAGGUACUGCACGGUUUGACUCUUCCAAGUACAGUACUAAUUUUUCAGAAUUGCUACUGUCCUUUAAACUCAGGGUAACUUGGAAAUAAAGUCAUUCUAUUGAGUAA